AUGGCUCGCGGCGAGGCUACCCAGAACAAGGUCCAUUUCAAGGGCAACAACGACGACUUCAUCGUCUUUGUCGACGACGUGGAGGCGUUCAAGAACUGGCAGAGCGACUCCAGCGUCCCUCUGGCGCACUUUGUCUCCUCCUUCAAGGUCUUCCUCACCCACAAGCAGGGCACCCAGGGCCAGCUCGACGCCGCGCCCAAGUCCACCCUCGCGUCCGAGUUCGACACGGAGAACGAGGAGGAGGUCAUCAAGAAGAUCCUCAAGGAGGGCACCCUGCAGACCGUCGAGAUGUCCGGCCGACAAGGUCCCACCAACGACUCGAUGAACGCCAUGCGCACGAAGUAA